UAGACAGCUGCGUUGUUGCGUCGCGUCGCGUCGCAUGCGGUGUAUUCAGGUUACUGCGCCACUAUUUACAAGUGUAUUUUGCUGUAUGGCAAGUGGAUCAAAUAUUCUCUGUUGCACCACCAACUCCUUCCAGAACUGCGAUGGAUACGAUAUUUAAGCUAUAGCCGUAUUUAACCUUUAGUGGCACAAAGCAGCGCAGGAGACGCAGUAUUUCACAGAAGCAUGGCUGAGCACGGGACGCGCGCCCCUCUCAUAUAUCACAGCGCGUCAUCACCUCCAGGAAAGGGGGAAUAUUUAACUCAGGUAAGUAAAGCUGAAUGAGAAGAAGAUGGACAGCCGGCCCGAGAACCCCACGAAGGCAGCUGGCUAUCUGAAGGAGCUGAAUAAGAUCAUAGAGACCCAGCAGACGCUGCUGGAGCGGCAGAAGAGGCGCAUCUUCGAGCUGGAGCAGCAUGUGUCCGAGCUGUGCGCAGAGAACAGCCGCCUGAGACACGAGCACCAGCGGCAUCUGCUCACCUGCAGACUGCGCUCCAUCCAGGAGAACAGCCCGCUGCAACAGUCAGAAUAUGGCAGUACCAGAAUUGUCAGAAGACACGCCUCUCUUCCUGUGGAAAUGACAGACAGUCCCAGCAGCCUCAGAUCAGCCGUCUGCAGGAGACCCGUGCCAAACCGACAGUGGAAGUCGGCAUCCUUCGGUGUGGAGGGGAGUGUUCAAAACAGUGAGGCCGGCCCUUCCUUGGACACCAGCACAGGAUAUGGCCAUGGCCCUGUCACACACAGUUCUUCCUUGAGUCCGGAGCAGUUUGAAAGCCCAGUGUACGGUCCCAGCGUCCAGCCAGGGCCACAGCGCCCUCACCGGCCCAAACUACAGCACUCUCAGUCCAUCCUCCGCAAGCAGGCAGAGGAGGAGGCCAUCAAGCGCUCGCACUCCCACUCUGAGAGCUAUGAGCUCUCCACAGACCUGCAGGACAAGAAGGUGGAAAUGCUUGAGCGGAAAUACGGAGGCCGUUUCAUAACCCGUCAUGCUGCACGCACCAUCCAGACAGCUUUCCGGCAACACCAGAUGAACAAGAACUUUGAGCGUCUCAGGAGCUCGAUGUCGGAGAACCGCAUGACCCGCAGGAUCCUUCUGUCCAACAUGAGGAUGCAGUUUUCCUUUGAGGGACCUGAGAAAGUCCUUGGCUCUGUUUUGGAGGGGAGGCAAAUGUCUCUCCUGGACGAUGUCAGCCAAGUAGGAGGUAUGGUGCAGGCCACAGAGAUGGUUCCUGUCAUUUUGGAAGCCCCAGAAACUCAAAAUGACUUAACAGACACAAUCACAGAACUAGAGGACACUUUCUCAAGGCAAGUUAAGUCACUGGCAGAGUCGAUCGAUGAUGCACUGACCUGUCGUAGUUCGCAAAAAGAGGAGAUGCAUCCUGAGCAAGUUCUUUGUGAAGAGGGCAUGCAGCCGGAUGAUGAGCUCCCUCAGCCCCAUGAGCAGCACAAGCUGGAUGAGAUGUGUGAAGUGACGCUCUUCAUCGAUGAAGAGGAGCUCUCUCCACUGGUUCAGCCUUCCAGCUUUGAGUCUGAGCAUCGCAUGCAGACUAUUGGCUGGUCCAUGGAUGACAAAGUGGACAUGGAAACUCCUUCCCUCGAAUGCCAGGGGCCUAGGCUCUGUGCAGAUUUACCCCUGCUGACCAUCGAGCCUCCCAGCGACAGCUCCACAGAUGUAAGCGAUCGCUGUGAGCAUAGUUUGGUCCAGCCACAAAAUAUUCUUGAACAGACUGUAGCAGGACCAUGGGCAAGUCCCAAACAAGUCACACAUGGACUACCUCCUAGAGUUCCCUCAGUUACUCGAGAUGAAGAGCCACUUAGACACCAGCAGGUGGAGAGCCACCUGACCACCAACGGCAACCAGCAGAGAAAGUCAGUGUCAGACUUCUCAGACGGAGACAAUGACAGUAUCAACAGCAAUUCAAACUCCAUUGACACAAUAAACUCAGAAUUGCCAUCUAGAGACGAGAGUCUGAGAGAACAGAGUCUCAGCAAACAGACCUAUCAUAAAGACACUCGCAACAGCUGGGACUCUCCAGCGCUCUGCAGUGAUAUCAUGCGCAAGAGACAAUACCGCAUCGGCCUCAACCUCUUUAAUAAAAAGCCAGAGAAGGGAAUACAGUACCUAACGGAGAGGGGCUUCAUUCCUGACACGCCCGUGGGUGUGGCUCACUUCCUGCUGCAAAGGAAAGGCUUAAGUAGACAAAUGAUUGGGGAAUUUCUCGGGAACAGACAAAAACAGUUCAACAGAGAUGUUUUAGACUGUGUGGUGGAUGAGCUGGAUUUCUCAGGGAUGGAGCUGGAUGAAGCUUUGCGCAAAUUCCAAGCUCAAAUCCGUGUUCAGGGAGAGGCACAGAAGGUGGAGCGCCUGAUCGAGGCUUUCAGCCAGCGGUACUGCAUCUGUAACCCUGAUGUGGUCCGUCAGUUCAGAAACCCUGACACCAUCUUCAUCUUGGCUUUCGCCAUUAUCCUUCUCAACACAGACAUGUACAGCCCCAACGUCAAGGUUGAACGAAAGAUGAAACUUGAGGACUUCGUCAAGAAUCUACGAGGGGUUGAUGAUGGUGAGGAUAUCCCUCGAGACAUGCUGGUUGGGAUUUACGAGCGGAUCCAGAAGAAGGAGCUCAAAACCAAUGAUGACCAUGUGACUCAGGUGCAGAAGGUGGAGAAGCUCAUUGUGGGCAAGAAGCAAAUGGGAUCAAUUCACCAUGGCCUUGGAUGUGUGCUGUCUCAAGCCCAUCGCAGGCUGGUGUGCUACUGCAGACUGUUUGAGGUCCCAGAUCCCAACAGACUGCAAAAGCUGGGGCAGCACCAGCGGGAGAUCUUCCUGUUUAAUGACCUUCUGGUGGUUACCAAGAUCUUCCAGAAGAAGAAGAAUUCAGUGACGUAUAGUUUCAGGCAAUCUUUCUCUCUGUAUGGGAUGCAAGUGAUGCUCUUUGAGAACCAGUUCUAUCCAAAUGGUAUCCGGCUGACUUCAGCCAUUCCUGGUGCAGACUUCAAAGUCCUGAUAAAUUUGAAUGCUCCCAACUCUCAGGACCGCAAGAAAUUCACCAGUGACCUGCGAGAGUCCAUCGCUGAGGUCCAGGAAAUGGAAAAGUACCGGAUUGAGUCUGAGCUGGAGAAACAGAAAGGAGUGGUCAGACCCAGUAUGUCUCAGAGCAUGUCAGGCCUAAAGAAGGAGAGUGGAAACGGGACCAUGGGCCGCACUAGUCUGGAUGACACAUACACCAUGGGGGAAGGGAUAAAGAGGAGCGCGCUCAGUAGCUCCUUGCGUGACCUUUCUGAAGCAGGGCUCCAUCUUUAGCAGUCCUCCUCUGCGUCAGAGGAGCAUCUGUUCCUAAAAGGCGGUGCAAUCUCCUCCUCCUCCCUCCUUGGGUCACUUUUCGACAGCAGUCACGAAUCCUCCGCUGUAGCACCACUCCCCACUAGCACACAGCCAACGCGGCCUGUACCUCUUCAUACAGCUUUCACACUCGCUGUGCAUAACCAUCAGCCCCGACACAGAGAACAGCACAUGAUCACCAAACACAAGCCUUAUGCUUUCAGCAUGGGUGUGAGCUUUAAACAGACACAACCGUACCAGAGCCAUACCAGCCAGUCCCAACACUGCAAAAACUGCAUCUGUCUUUGAUGUCACUCACACUUAUUGCAUUCUGCCUACGGGUGAAUUUCACAAGAUUAGCAUUCUGACAAGAAUUUAUCAUUUGCAUAAAUUAUACCAAGGACCAUUAAGAAAUAUUGCAUUGUAACGUAGUUUUCAUAACACAUUUUGUCUUACUGUAAUGCAUUUUAAAGUUUUAAUAGUAAUAGGAAUAAUAAUAAUAAUAAUAUCAGCAUUAUUAUUAUUAUUAUCAUUAUUAUUAUCCAAUAGUUUUAAGUCUGUUCUUGGAAAGCAUAAUAAAACAACAAUUUGUCAGUUAAUAUUAGCUUACAUUAAAGCCAGCAGCCAUGCCACAUAAAUAUUUUUACAUGAAUCCAAACUCCAAUUAUUUGUAUAAUUAUUAUAAUUAUUUUAUUUAUUUAUUUUUAUGAGAAGUGUGUUUAAUUUUGCUUAUUAUCAGCAAAAAAAAUCUUAAUGGUCCUAAAUAUAGAUAUGACUUUUCAUUUAUUUAUUAUAAUAUUUAUAAAAACACACAACAGAGUAGUAGGUUUGCCUGUAUUCCCGUUCAUUCAAACUAGCCGAAUGAGAGAGUAGAUGUUCUAAUGCUGUAUUAGUGGUAGAUGACAGCUCUACAUGUUGUCUUAAUAAUCAUUAAUGAACGUGCCAAUGCCCAUUGCACCCACGAUGUUUCAUGUGUAGAACAGUAGUGUAACUGAAACCAUUGUAAGCGAUGUUAUAGGAGACUGUAAAAGAUGUAUUCACAACUUUUGAGAACUUGGCCAGUUUGAACAGAGGUUAUAUUUAAAGACGUAUUCUACUAGAAAGCUUCCAUUGUGAUCUAUUAUGAGGUGAUUCUGAAGCACAAAUGCAGUAUCAUGUGGCACUUUGAACUGCUCAACUACAGUGAAAUUGUACAGCAUUAUAUGAAUCUUACAGAGAUGUUUAAAUAUGUUUGCAUGUCUGGAAUAAUUUGUUUUUUAAAGAAAUUAUUCAGAUUUUAUUAUUAUUAUUAUUUUCAUAUUUUUCUUUUCCUUUGGAGGAAAUUCCUGGACAUCUGAGGGCCAGUGACAGAAUUAUUUUUCUAUAUUUUAUGGAUUGUUCUUGUUUGUUUUUAAGUGCAAUAUGUUUGUCAUGAUGACAUGGAUAUGUCCGGAGCAUCUUUACUAUUACUUCAUCAUAGUGGCGUAGAGAUUCUCAUCGAACUAGUGUUUUUACAUCGAAUGAAAUGUCAAAGUGAUCAGCUAGGCUUUAACUGUGAUUUGUUGUUGAUGUUGUUCUUGGGUGUUUAUUUAUUAUUGAAAAUACACCAGUGUUACCAUGGCAAUGAAGUGCAAUCAUGUAAAAAGUAAUUUUCUUUUUUUAACUUUUAAACAACCAGGAGAUAGUUUCUUCGAUAUUAUGCAAGCAUCUGUAUGUGUAAUGCAUAUCUAGAAAUUAACUUUUGAUCUGUGAAGUCAGGAAAAAUGAAAAUGAUUGUUGUAAAGAUGCAUUCUGAUCAGAUAUAUAAGCUGAAAUUUGAAGAAUACGUUUUCCUUAUUUUUCAUUAUCAAAAUGUUGUAAUCUUUGCUACGGAGCAUAUCUUCAUGAACCCAAACCAAAGCGGUAGGUUUUCUUUUCAACAUAUCACAUAUAUUCAGUGCAAUGUUAAUUCUGAUGUACUAAAGCCAACAUGAAAACGGAUUAAACUGAUCCUAUGCUUUCUUAACACAUUGCUGGUCUCAUUGUGCACAAUUCAUUGGUGCACAUUAAUUCAAAGAAAUAAAUAGUCUUCUUACUGAAAAGUUUUGCUUGAAAUAAACACGCCCUCUUAUUUCUCAACCCGGCUCCUUCAAUAACAUGUCAUUUUUUAACAAUCUGAUCAAUUCCUGGUGGAUACGAGAAAAUCCUGCCUUACAUUUUUUACGUUUAAUAUCGUAUUUUGCUCUCAAUUAAGGAAAUAAAAUGUGUUUGUGAAUGUUGAUUUAUGUUGACUUUAAGAUAAAAAAAAAGAUCUUUAACACUUUCCAAAGAUUUUCUUUCUGCAUAAAAUAUUAAUAAUAAAUAAUACCCCAAAAAUGCACUGAAGGUUCAAAUGCAUUUUUUUUUUUUGUCCACCAUGAGCUGAUCAACACUCAGCCUUAACUCUUUUAUUUGACUUUACCUCUCUUUCUUAUAAUUCUGUAUAUUUUUUAUUCUCUCCCUCGUGUUUCAUCUUAGCAGCAUUUCUGGUGCUCGACCUGUUCUGUACUGUGGUGUGUUACUGCAGAUAAUGCAGCUCAUCCAUGUCGCACUAUUGGCCCUUGUAAAGACACAUCUGAGCAGUAAUAAAUAUAUUAGGGGACCAAGCUGAACCAUUGUGUAUAUAGUGUGUACAGUAUCCUGACUGCAUUUAUAUGAGAGGUGUGUCCCCGUCUGUUUUACUGGAUGUUUCUCUCCUCACAGGCUGCUAUCACACUGUCCCAAUCAACCGCUCGGAGGAAUGGAAAAGCGGCAUUGUUUAAUUUUGUUGUUGUAGAACAGAGAAUGCUUGUGUUUUUAGGUAAUGGCUAUCUAUGUCAGUGUACAGUGACGACAUUCAGAACAUAAAAUAAAGUGAAUAUAUAAUACA